CAGAUCGAACAGCAUGUCGCCGAUUCCCGCAUGUCUACAGCCAGGUCAGCACCAGAUUGCCUUCGCAUUAUGCCGGAAGGCAAGCCAAGACGAUAUGCCUACAAUAGUCUGCAGCGCUUGAGGAUAGCAGAAGGGUUGCUGGUCGCGAGCUCGCAGACAGUCGAACGAAGAUGGCAACCAGACUCGGUGACGGAUACUACGGCUGGGAAGAACUCAGUAAGGAUGACAACGGGACCCUUGACCCUCGAGACGCCCCGCCGCCUAGUACAGUGA